GUGCAGUCUGACCAAGCUCUAUACUGUUAGUAGCUCUACUUUUAUAUUUUGAUACUGAAAUCCCUUAGACUUUGAAUGGACUGUUCCAUAUUCAAAGCAGGGAAAGUCCAUUAUACAAAUUCAGUGUGUUGAGGGUGAAAUUUAUUCUAUCUUAUUGUAUUUAUGGUAUGUUUUUUUCUCCUGAAAUUUAGGUGUAUUCUGAGAUAGAGAAAUGUGAAAGUGAUCUCAAUGGACCAAAUUAUGUGAACAUAAAAGGAGUUGUAGAAGAUGUGGGCAAAGCUGGUUCAAUACAUGAAAAUCACAUGACCACGAAAAAUCUGCCAAGUUUCUCCUCUGACCUAAAAGGCCCUCCUGUCGGGAUUCCUGCAAAGUCGGUACCGCAAAGCCCAAUCGACAUGCUGCCUAAAGGCAAACCUUUGCCCGAGGCAUUCUUUCUUCAGAAGGAGGUAGACAUGAAGCAGCAGAAAGAAUCUAAAGGACAUGAAUACAUCAAUGUUGAUCAGAAAACUGAGGAAAUGAUGUCAGUUUUUAAAUCAGACCCAAGUAAAUUGGAAAAAAUUGAGAAGUUUGAUCUUGAAAAUGUCUCUAAACCAGAGGUAGAGCAGAAAAUGAGGUUAAAUCAAUUCAGACGCAGUCCUGUUCCAUUAGAAAAUUCUGAGAAAAUUUCAAGCAGAUUGAAUGAUGAUAACAUUUAUGAAAAAGCUAAACAAAUUCCCGGAAGUGAAAAUCAAUCGGAGAAUCCAAAUAUACCAGUUAUGUCUUCAGAAGUAGGUAAAGAGGCUUCAAACAAUCCAAAAGACAAUAGCCAAUGUCCAGGGUUUGAUAUUGACUUCAGUAAAGAAUUAGAUGAAAUUGAAACUAAAGCUGCUAAAGUUAAAAGCUCUAUGAAUAGAGGAAUUUUCGAUAAGUUUCAUCCUGCUGGCCCCAGAUGA